AACACAAAACAACGGCCGGUAACACUCGGCUUAACAGGUUGACACUGUCAAUCUCAAGACCAGAGCUACCUUACCUAUCUGUUGCGAUCCCGAUAAUCACGAUAAGGUUCGGGAUCAACCCCAUCGAAGGAUAGAGGGAACGGGGCAAGACUACGUCAUACAAGACCUCUAUUUAGUCCGGCUAGGGAGCAGGAGCAUCAUCGAAUCGAGCCCGGCUCAUCACCCAACACGGACCACCAGAUUCAUCAACUAACUCACCCACCACUCCCAUCAAAACCUCGCGCGUCACAUCCACAUCCAAAAUGACCACCAUCACCACCACCACCACCACCACCACCACCACCUCUCCCUCAUCCACUAACCCCCUCCCCCUUCAAGAUGCCGCCUCCAACCCCUCUUCCGCCUCCCAAUCCUCCGCAGAAGACUACAACGCCCAAAUCGACGCUCUCCUGACCCGCUACCUCCACCUUCUAGACGAGUACACCACCCUCCGCUCCUCGCUCUCCAGCCUGCAGGCCGGCAUGUACCAGAGCCUGGCGCGAGCGAACUUCGCUGCUGAGCGGGGAGUGAGGUACGGGAAGGAGUACUUUGAUGAGAGGAUGGUCGCUAGUAGGAGGGUGAGGGUUGGGGGGGCAGGGAAAGGGGACAAGGAAGAUGAGCGUGGGGGUGGGGGUGAGGAUGAGGAAAAGGCAAUGGUGGAGUUUAGGGUUGUGAAGGUUGAUGAGGAGGGAAACGAGGUGGUGGUGAAAGAGAAGGAAGAAGAGGUGGAUGUGGAUGUGGAUGUGGAUGUGAAUGCGAAGAAGCAGAAUAACAAGAAUGCGAAGGAGGGGGAAACUGGGAAGAAGGAGGAAACGGAUGCGGAAGAAGUGGUGGUGGGUAAGGAAGCUGAGGAGGAUGUCACUCAAAGAGCCGACACAACAACAACAACAUCCCCCGACAAAGCCUCCGGAACCCCCUCAAACCCCAACGAUGACAGCGAUACACCCGAGGACAAGGCAAACAAAAUCAAGAAAAUUCGCAACGACCCCCUCCGCUGGUUCGGCCUCCUCACCCCUCUUCCUCUCCGCCAAGCCCAGACCCAGGCAAUCCAAGCGGUUGAGCAAAUCAUUCCGCGGCUGGUGACGGUUAACGCGGAGAUGGCGCAGGUGGAAAUCGAAGUAAGGAGAGCGAGGAAGAGGAGGGAGAAAGCGGCUGUUAAGGCGAAGGCGUGCUAAGGGUCCUGGGGGUGGGGGUAUGUAAGGG